UUUUGUUUAUUGAAUGUGCGACCACUUUACCUAACAGAAAAUAGGGCACGAGAAGUCCAUGUCUUCAUAGUUAUAUGUUGUAAGGGUGUGUUUGUAUUAAGCCAGGAAAAUGUCCCUUUAUGAUGACCUCGGAGUUGAGACCAGUGAUUCAAAAACUGAAGGCUGGUCCAAAAACUUCAAACUGCUUCAGUCCCAGCUUCAGGUAAAGAAAGCAGCACUCACACAGGCAAAGAGUCAGCGCUCAAAGCAGAGUUCUGUCCUCGCCCCGGUGAUUGAUUUGAAAAGAGGCAGCUCCAGUGAUGACAGACAGAUUCAGGAUACUCCUCCACACAUAGCUGCUGGAUUAAAGGACCCAGUGCCAAGUGGAUUCUCAUCAGGAGAGGUGUUGAUCCCCUUAGCUGAUGAAUAUGACCCUAUGUUUCCCAACGACUAUGAGAAGGUUGUUAAACGGCACCGAGAAGAGAGGCAGAGACAGAGAGAGCUGGAGAGACAGAAAGAGAUUGAAGAGAGAGAAAAGAGGCGGAAAGACAGACAUGACGCAACUCCCACUGGAUUCUCCAGGAGGCCAGAUCCUGAAUCUGACGAAGAUGAGGACUUUGAAAGAGAGAGACAGAAAAGAGGUAUGGGAGGAGCAGCAAUCGCACCACCAACAUCCCUGGUUGAAAAGGACAGAGAACUUAUUGCUGCAACAUAUCCAUAUGAAGAAGAGGCCAGGCCUCGUAUUCCCUCUUCUAAAGCAGCAAUCCCUCCUCCAAUGUAUGAUGAACCAGAGAGACCCCGCUCACCGCCAGGGCCCACCAAUUCCUUUCUUGCUAACAUGGGAGGCACUGUUGCCCACAAAAUCAUGCAGAAAUAUGGUUUCCGCGAGGGUCAAGGUCUUGGAAAACAUGAACAGGGUCUGAGUACUGCCCUCUCUGUAGAGAAAACGAGCAAGAGAGGAGGAAAGAUCAUCGUCGGCGAUGUUGCAGACAAGUCAGCAGCAGCAAGUCAGCCCAUAGUGCCUGUGAGCGAAAUGAACACAUGGAACACAGUGGAUGCAUCUAAAAAAUCGGAUGGUAACCCAUUAACAGAGAUCCUGAAGUUCCCUACAAAAGUUGUGUUACUGAGGAAUAUGGUGGGCAGUGGAGAAGUGGAUGAAGACCUAGAAGGUGAAACCAAGGAGGAAUGUGAAAAAUAUGGCAAAGUUGUGAAAUGCGUUAUUUUCGAGAUUCCUGGAGUAAAUGAUGAUGCAGCUGUGAGAAUAUUCCUAGAAUUUGAAAGGGUGGAGUCUGCCAUAAAAGCUGUUGUUGACUUAAAUGGAAGAUACUUUGGAGGACGUGUGGUCAAAGCGUGUUUCUACAACCUGGAUAAAUUUAGAGUCUUGGACCUCGGUGAACAGAUGUGAGCAAUGAAGACAACCUCCACUCAGCAGUCUAUUGCUUAUUUUACACCAUGAAACUCGAAACAUUUUAUAUGGACUAUUUCAGGCUUGGAAGGAAGUGGUGGAAAAAUCUGAAAUGAACUCUUAUGGUAGUUAAUUGUUUUUAUGAUUAUUUUUCCAACAAUAUAAGUAGUUAUUCCUUUUUUUAUUUUUGUAGCUUUGAAGUGUAGUUAUGUGACCAGUUUUUCUGUUUUGUUUUUCUUUAUUCUUUCAAUCCUACUUUUAUCCCACAUGAAAGUAAUGUGAACAUAUAAGUAAAAUUAAUGUUCUUCAUCUUUCUGGAAACCUGUGUUGUUGAAUUGUUUAACAAGUUAGUUACCUGUUGAGUGAUCCUUUAGCUGUUUUUUGUUUUUUAACAGUCCCAUUGCCAGGCAUUGGCUUAGCUAAUUAGUUAAACUGACUCACAAUAGUGGAUGGGCUCAUGCCCAUCAGCCUUAAACAUUCUGCAUCCUUGACUUAGUCUAAGGAAAGGCAUAUGACCUCAGUAAUAUUUG